AGCCGGCCCCACGGCCCUGUAAGUGGGGCUUACACAGUCUUACUGUCUAAAGCAUGUCGGUGUCCCUGUAGCACACAGAUCGAGAAGUACCAGAAAGCCAGCUGGGUUCAAUUUGAAAGGGAGCCAACCAUGUGCUGUACGCGGCAGACAGGCACCGUUCGUGAGCAGACGAUAUCAAUUUUGGGCCUGUGUAUUUCUCGAUCAAGCACUGCUACAGUGUAGCUACUGCAUGAACGCGCAUGCUGGCUAGCGAGCUGACGGUCUGCAUGAUAGGCUUGUCACACACACACGCGUACACAAACAAAAGUUGGGAAAGUUGCAAAGUUUUGCCGGAGCCGACCACAGAAGUGAUAUGUGCUGUGCCUGUUGACGUAUAGUCGUGCUGCCGUUAGGCUACAGUGUUAGAAACUUUCAGUGACACGAUGGACGAUGGGAGAACGAGAUUCAAACAAGAGCCACUAAGUCCCGGUGCAGCGAGCCGUCACGGACAUGAUUUAAUGGCCAUGCAGCAAACUUAUCACCAGGGAGAAGUACUGUCUCGCACUGGAACGCAAUGUGCACUCGACAUGUCUCAGAGUGGAAGGACGGCCACUAUAACCGCCGGCAUGCCAUACAUUCCUGACACUAUGACGGCAUACGCAUUGACGGCUCAUGACGUCACUCCGGCCUACGCCAUACAGGAUCGUAACCUCAUGCUGGGGAUGUACGGAUAUGCUCCCGUUGUAAGCGAGGGCAAGGGGGCUGGCCACGUGGACUUGCUCACAAAUGGAAUGGAAAGUACAGAGGUCAAUGGUUGUAACGGGACAGGGCCUCCGGAGAAGGUCCAACCAAAGUUACGUAACACUGCUCUACCAGGAAUGGGUAAACGCUCGCACCUUCCUAAGAGGUACAAAUGUGCUAUGUGUGCUUAUCGUACCAGAUACAAGUCCGACUUAAACCGCCAUGUUAGAAAACAUGCUGUAGCAACAUUUAACUGUGAGAUCUGCAAUAUGCCAUUUAAAACUAUUGGAAACGUUGAAUUCCACAAACGCAAGGAGCACGCCGAUCUGCUGGUGACUGCAGCUACAACGAGUUCCGGGCCCGGAAAGGACCAGCCGCCAAAGCAUAGCUGUAAACAUUGUGAUUAUAGCACCUCUUACAGUUCCGACCUGACUCGCCACGUUAGAAAGCACUUCUCGUCCAAGUUUCAUUGUAUUUUGUGUAACCGCCCCUUCAUGACGUUCUCGAGUCUGGCCACGCACAAACGUACAGCACACAACACUGGCGAUGUCAUCGAAAGUGAAGGAGAUGGUGGGAUUGCUGAGGACGUGUCCCUGGUUGAAGGCGGGGUCAUAGAAGAGAGCGAGGCCCUGGUAGGAGAAGGUGUCAUCGAAGAUGGUGGGGCAAGUGAUGUAGAUAUGGUAGAGGAGGUUUCAGUGUCAAAAACAGGUGAAGCUCGAGAACGAUCAUGGGGUUUGUCGAUGCAGGAAGUCAAUGGUGACCACAAAGAGAACAAUAUGGUAGUAGAGGAUGAAAACAGACACAUCGCAGAGACGAAUCAUGUCCCUGAAGAGGAAACAAACGUGAACAAAGUUCAGUCAUCACCGUCAAAGGCUUCAAACUCUCCCGACAAUGUCAUUUGUACUAAGUAUACUUGUGAAUACUGUAAUAAGUCUUUUGGGCGAAAACUGGUUUUGGAUUAUCACCUUAAAAAUAUUCACAAGGUUGUUAAGUCUGGACAGGAAGACACCGAUGUGUUUGUCGAAUACCCGGAUGAUGAUUAUGACCUGGCACUGGACAUGUCUAUUCAGGAGCUAGAGAAUGCUACGUCCGAUAGUCUAGCAGACCGUGCUCUUGACGCAAUUGGCAAACUGCGACACCAGUGUCAAUUAUGUGCCUAUGGUACCAACUACAAAAGUACAUUCGACCGGCACGUGCGCAAGCACGACCUGGAAUGUCAUAUAUGUGACGUAUGCCGAAUGCCAUUCAUUACUUUCGGGCACCUCCAGCGACACAUCCGCGACAAUCAUCCCGAACACACUCAGUCAUGCGCCAGGAAGGAACCUGCGGACGGGCAUCAGGAACGCACACCGGUGAGCGCCAGGAAGGAACCUGCAGACGGACGGUCUGUGGUAUAUGAUUUCCUGUCUAACGAUCCCAACACUCGUGGCACAAACCCUUCCUCUCCGUCCCGGUAUAAACUGGAAAGUCCAGCUCUGUCACAGAGUCCCUUCCACUGGAUGACGGCCAACAAACCCUCAGUGCAGUCCUCUGGAAAGGGCGAAACUGGCGAAAGUGUGGGAACAAAAUUUAAUUGGGCCGGUCAGCGACGCGUGUCCAGUGUUGAGGAGGGUGUGACCACCAGCCCCCCGACUAGCGGACGUUACGCAAAGCUUGUGUCGGACUAUGACAGUUUUGCUGAAAAACCAUUUGCUUGUGCCCUGUGUUUUUACAGAACAGGAGACGUGUCAAGUCUCGUGGAACACGCCGAGAAUCACCUUACGGGAUGUAGUUUGUCGUCUGUACCGGACUCUUGUAUGUUUAGAGUGGGUAACUCGAUGUUAAAUGGGGGAGCUGACCUGAAAAGUCAAAUGAGGUGUCCUAUCUUACCAACGUACAGUGUGUAUGCUCCUCCUUUAGCAGGUGAACACAGUCACGAGGAAAGAUCAAGAGGGUUUGCCACGCCCAACGAAAUUGCACAGUCACAAUUCGUGUAUUCUAAUAACACACGUGCUCUUAUGACAAAGAACAUAAAAUCAGGCCAAGGGACGAAAUCUCAAGGUCGAUGUGUGCCAGAAAACCAAGAUCAAGGUCAUCAGAUAUAUUCUCAAGAAAAUAAUUUAACGAUUCCGUACAGACAACAGACAGAGAUAAUGGGACAACAAUCGUCAAACAUUGGUGCUACCAGUGUUACAGUCGCCGACAGCCAGACGAGAAAUGACCGCAUGAUACCGACCUUCUCCGUCCAUUAUAGGAAGGACAAGACAAAUAAAGUGCGCCCUUACCUGUGUCUAUUGUGUCGUAAACGCUUUCGUCAUCUCAUGUUACUGAAACAACACUUUAAAGUGACUCACAGCGAGUCACAGGUCGGCACUCCGCGGUUUUAUACCUGUCGCAUCUGUAAAGAGGUCUUCAACAACCCAAUGUUACUACAGGAACACCACGACAUUAACCACUAGUUACAUGUCCACCACAUCAACCCUUAGUUACAG